GCCGGUCUUGCAGGACUUGCAGGAAACGAUGACGCCUGAUAGCAGCGCCAGUUCGAGAGGAGACACCCAGUCGCGAGGAAGGGAUGAAGAAUGUGGUUGGCAAUGUCUCAGAUCUGCCUGUGAUUGAAGAGUGGGAAAGCAGGACAAUCACAGGUAGGUUGAGCAAUCUACGUAAGGCGCCGGAGGACCUGCCCGCUGGAUUUAGAUUCAAGGCAGUGCUUCAUCAUGAAGUAGCAGACAGUGCGUCGUCAAUAAGUGGGUAUAGGAAACUGGAGGAGAUGGUGAGGGCGUACCACAUCCCAAGGAUGAUAUUGCUUUGGACUGGCGCACAAAAUGAGAGGGCGUGCACGGUGUCACAGACGGGCUGGAUACCAGUGUACGUGGACCAUUUCGAAGUAGGCCUGCGAUUUCCCUUGCCUGGGUUGAUAUUCGAUCUGCUAGUGGAUUACGAGCUGGCUCUGACGCAGCUGACGCCCAACAGCAUAAGGUUCAUCAUAGGCUUUAUGUUGUUGUGUGUGAGAUUGGAGGUGCUGGUGAAGGCGAUAGUGUUCAGGUCGUUGUUCCAGUGUCGAUUGUUCCCAAACUCCAGAGGUGCAAAGUGGUACUACCUCUCUGGAAGGGAGAAGAGCCAGCUCUUUAAGAAUGUGAGGAACAAAGUAGCGAGGUGGAAGAGGCAGUUCAUUUUUGUUCGCGACACUCCCAUAGAACGAAUAAGCAAUGACCUCGUUGCUCGGCUAUCUAAAUGGCGUGUGCCGAAUGCACACGUCAAUUACCCUCAGAUGCUGCCUCGGGACAUGGAUAUAAAGAAUCAGCUGCUAGAAUAUGCGAGGAGGGAAAACUUGAUAGAUCUAGAAGCCCUGGUUACCUUGGAGCAACUCGCCGUGUUCGGGUUUGUCGACGUGGCAAACCUAUUCAUAGAAGGUCACGCGACGGGCAACGCGCUACAAAGACAGACGCGGUUUGACGAGCGGUCGCCCCCAAUGCCACAAUCACGCAGCUCGUCGCACCGUGGAUCGAGCUCGGCGUCCAGGCCUCGCUUCGAGCAGAGGGUUGAAGCUGUGGCCCCCAGUGCAUGCAGGCGUGCACAUGAGGAGACCAACAGCAAAGAUGAGGUACCCCUCACGCGGCGGCGAACAAGUGUGGCGGCUCGGCCCGCGCAAGCGGCGCAAACUACAGCCGCACGCUCAUCCAACGCGCCAUCUGCCACGGCGCGGGCAGCAGAGGAGCCCGCAUCUGCGUCGGCCUUAGUGUCGGCGCUCAGGAUCACGUAUCCAGACGACUUCAGCUAUGUGAAGCCUGACUGUCAGCCCGCCAUGGUGCAAGGCAUGCAAAGCUUUGUGCCUCCCGUGGAUCGUCAACGGGCAAGGACUUUUGUUCAGCAGCAUGGCGAGCAAGUCUCCAUGGUUAAAUUGAUGGACGUAACAUUCAGCUACGUAGUAGCGUUGUUCGAGAGCGAACAAGGGGCUCGCUCUCAGAAUAACGAGCUCAGCGGAGAUGGUCAACCGAGCUGCAAACAGUUGGCCACAGAAAAGGCCAGCCUUGUGGAUGAUGUUAAUCGUCUGCAAGGCUCAGAGAUGGCCAACCGAGCUGCUGCAACGGAGAGUCGAGCAGAUGAGCUCGCAGACAGAAAUAAUGAGCUCAGGGAGGAGCUGGAGCAAGCCCACACCGAAAAAGAAAGCGGGAUCCAGGCGGUAAGGGAGGAGGCCGCCAAGGUUGAGGAACGGGCCAAGAAGGUUGAGGCUGAAAGGGACCGUGCUCUAAACGAGCUGAGCUCCCUAAGGCACCAGAUCUACAACGAGAUCCAUGGGAAAGUGCUACACCAUCGCCCGGACUUCCCCAUAUGUGAGUUGGCGUUUUUUGACGGGGAGGACAUUGACGAGCAGGGUAAGAGCCUUGCUCCCCUCGCUGAUACAACAGUGCGGCUAAGGUGGGAUCUUAAUGAGGAAGGAGUACCUAUCUGGCCUCCCUCAGUCUUAGAAGAGGGGUCGCCCGUCAAUGUACCAGCUCCCGAGCCCACAGCCCGGUCUUCUCCAGCUCGCUCCUCUCCUCCCGCUACUAACGUGUCCAUGCUCGUCAAUCUGACGGAUGAUUAGAUUUAGGAUUGUUUCCUUUUGAUCUUUUGUAUUUUUUGUUUCUGUUCUUGAACAAUCGUAUCACAAUCUCUCGUACUGAAACUUGUAAUUUUUUGAAGAGAAAUACAAAAUUGGAGACUAUAUCAAACUGUUCUUCUUUGUUGUAUUGCAUGUAUGGUUUACAUUUCCACGAACAAAAUCUUUAACAACAUAUACAUUAACUGUAAAAUCUUCUGAGAUUAUGUACAUUCCAAAUAUAUGGCAACUGGCAUC